UGUCAUGCAGGAGAACUACGAGAUGGUGACCUCGCUGGGAUUUCCCCUUCCCAAACCUGAACUGAUUGUCCAGCUGGAACGAGGGGAAGAGCCUUGGUUGCCCGAUCUCCAGACCUGCAAUGACAGAAGGCUUCCGAGAUGCCCCCAUACAGCAGGUGCUGAGCGAGGGACUGAGAAUGAGGAGGGGAAUCAUCAUGAGGAAGGUCCCGGGGAAGUGGAACCGGAGGGGACCUUUGUGGGAAGAGCUGAAGGGAAUUUUUCCCAGUGCUUCGAACCCGAAGAAGCCUGUGGAAAUUGGCACAGGUCAGAGAGCCUUCUGGGAAACCACCCAGGGAAGAAAGUGGAUGAAUCUAUUAACAGUGCGGGAGGAGAGGAGGAUGCCAAGGAAGAGACUCCCUGGCACUACCUUCAGUGUUCGAAAGGGUUCAUUGUGAGAUCACAGCUUGUGACACAUCAGACAAUCCAUACUGGAGAGAAACCCCUUCAGUGCUUGGACCAUGGGGAAAGCUUCAAUAAGCUCUCAGAUCUUAAUAACCACGGGAGAGGCCACACUGGAGAAAAACCCUCUCAAUCCCUCGAGUGCGGGAAAUGUUGCAUUUCAAAGACACAAAUAAUUAGACAUCAGUUAAGCCACAGUGGGGAGAGACCCCACAAGUGCUUGGACUGUGGGAAAAGUUUCAUAGAGAGGUCAAACCUUAUUAAACAUCAGGCAAUCCACACAGGAGAGAGACCCCACAAGUGCUUGGAGUGUGGGAAAAGUUUCAAAGAGAGGUCAAACCUUAUUAAACAUCAGCCAAUCCACACAGGAGAGAGACCCCACAAAUGCUUGGAGUGUGGCAAAAGUUUUCUACGAAGGUCAGACCUUGUUCAACAUCAGGCAAUACACACAGGAGAGAGACCCCACAAGUGCUUGGAUUGUGGGAAAAGUUUCAUACGAAGGUCACACCUAGUUUCUCAUCAGGCAUUACACACAGGAGAGAGACCCCACAAGUGCUUGGACUGUGGGAAAAGUUUCAUGAGAAGGUCACACCUAGUUCGUCAUCAGGCACUACACACAGGAGAGAGACCCCACAAGUGCUUGGACUGUGGGAAAAGUUUCUUACAAAGGUCCAACCUUGUUAAACAUCAGGCAAUCCACACAAGAGAGAGACCCCACAAGUGCUCCGACUGUGGGAAAAGUUUCUUACAAAGAUCACACCUUGUUAAACAUCAUGCAAUCCACACAGGAGAGAGACCCCACAAGUGCUUGGAAUGUGGGAAAAGUUUCUUACAAAGGUCCAACCUUGUUAAGCAUCAGGCAAUGCACACAGGAGAGAGACCCCACAAGUGCUUGGACUGUGGGAAAAGUUUCUUACAAAGGUCAAGCUUUGUUUAUCAUCAGGCAAUCCACACAGGAGAGAGACCCCACAAGUGCUUGGAGUGUGGGAAAAGUUUCCUAAGGAGGUCACACCUUGUUAAACAUCAGGCAAUCCACACAGGAGAGAGACCCCACAAGUGCUUGGACUGUGGGAAAAGUUUCUUACAAAGGUCAAGCUUUGUUUAUCAUCAGGCAAUCCACACAGGAGAGAGACCCCACAAGUGCUUGGAGUGUGGGAAAAGUUUCAUACGAAGGUCAGAUUUUGUUUAUCAUCAGACAAUCCACACAGGAAAGAGACCCCACAAGUGCUUGGAGUGUGGGAAAAGUUUCCUAAGGAGGUCACACCUUGUUAAACAUCAGGCAAUCCACACAGGAGAGAGACCCCACAAGUGCUUGGACUGUGGGAAAAGUUUCUUACAAAGGUCAAGCUUUGUUUAUCAUCAGGCAAUCCACACAGGAGAGAGACCCCACAAGUGCUUGGAGUGUGGGAAAAGUUUCAUACGAAGGUCAGAUUUUGUUUCUCAUCAGACAAUCCACACAGGAGAGAGACCCCACAAGUGCCUGGAGUGUGGGAAAAGUUUCAUACGAAGAUCACACUUAGUUCAUCAUCAGGCAUUACACACAGGAACGAGACGGCACAAGUGCUUGGAGUGUGGGAAAAGUUUCAUAAGAAGGUCAGACUUAGUUCGUCAUCAGGCAUUACACACAGGAGCGAGACCGCACAAGUGCUUGGACUGUGGGAAAAGUUUCCUAAUAAGGUCACACCUUGUUAAACAUCAGGCAGUCCACACAGGAGAGAGACCCCACAAGUGCUUGGACUGUGGGAAAAGUUUCAUACGAAGGUCAACCUUUGUUUAUCAUCAGGCAAUCCAUACAGGAGAGAGACCCCACAAGUGCUUGGACUGUGGGAAAAGUUUCAUAGAAAGGUCAAGCUUUGUUUAUCAUCAGGCAAUCCACACAGGAGAGAGACCCCACAAGUGCUUGGAGUGUGGGAAAAGUUUCAUACGAAGGUCACAUCUUAUUCAGCAUCAAGCAAUCCACAGAGGAGAGAGCCCCCACAAGUGCUUGGACUGUGGGAAAUGUUUCACAGAGAGUUCAAACCUUGUUAAGCAUCAGGCACUCCACACAGGAGAGAGACCGCACAAGUGCUUGGAGUGUGGGAAAAGUUUCCUAAGAAGGUCACACCUUGUUAAACAUCAGGCAGUCCACACAGGAGACAGACCCCACAAGUGCUUGUACUGUGGGAAAUGUUUCACAGAGAGUUCAAACCUUGUUAAGCAUCAGGCAAUCCACACAGGAGAGAGACCCCACAGUUGCUUGGACUGUGGGAAAAGUUUCAUACAAAGGUCACAUCUUAUUCAACAUCAGGCAAUCCACACAAGAGAGAGACCACACAAGUGCUUGGACUGUGGGAAGAGUUACAUACAAAGGUCACAGCUUGUUCAACAUCAGGCAAUCCACACAAGAGAGACUCCAGAGGUGCUUGGACUACGGGAAAAGUUUCACUAGGAGGAUUGUAAAGCACUGGAAUGGGUUACGUUGGGAAGUGGUGGAAU